CCGAUGGAAGAUGUUGUCUCUCACCGACUGCCUAACCGAUCCGGUCCUAUAUAAGCUCGACUGAACAAAAAAUGCAAACCCGUUUGAUUUGCCAAAUGUUGCUGGUGGUAGGACUAUUCUUGGUAGGCUCUUGUAGCUGUUCGCAGGUACUCGACGGGCCUCUCUUCAGCGGAGUGACAUCGUUCACCGUCACGGCCGAAACGUCGACCGUGACCAAAGCGACGCCCUGCUUCAUCACGUUCACUUCCGUUUCCCAGUGCCGGAGGAAACGCGGAAUCGAAGAGCGGCCGCUGAUUAUUCAAGAAGACAACUGGGAAAUUACUCCAUCGGCUGUUAUUGGAGUCAAACCCACCGAUGCCCCGAUCCUUUCAAGAUCAAGAUUCCAGGCGGAUAAGAUUGUCAGCUCGUUUGACGACUCGUAUUCCAGCACGCUGGAUGUUUUCAGACAAUUGGAGGCUAGAGGCAGAAACAAAAUCAUCACGGUUGGCAAUUGCGGAAUGUCGACGGUUAACUUUAGCGAAUUCCUCUCUUGUUUGGGGAUGACAGUCCAGGAAACGACCACCCUGACGGCCACCUUCACCGAAACCACGACCUUAUCGAUUGGCUAUAAUCGAAUGACUGUGAUGGGCUGCACUCCGGCCGGAUUCCCUUACAUUUAUUGCCCGAUUGAAGAAGUGGUUAUUUGGGAUGGAACGAAUUUAACAACAACUGAAGGCCCACUCCCGAAUUAUCCGCAAUAUUUCUUCUCGAAAAACAUGCAAGAAGUCGGGGACCUGUGAACUUAUUCUUGUAUGCCAUUUUAAUUAUUUAAUUUCUCUCCUGAACUUAAAUCCCCCCAUUGGAAAUUCCGGCCGGAGUAGAAUUUAUAUUUUAACUUAUUUUGUUUUUAUUAGUUAUCUUUACAUUUUAUUCUCCAAAACAUUUUCAUUACAAGCAAUAACCAGCGCAUAGUUAUAAGUUCUGAAAUAAAUGAUUUUCCGCUUC